UAUGUUCAAUAAGGUUUAACCUAAAUAAAAUACCGAGGAAUCAUAAAAAGUUUAAACUAUAACAGAAGCAAUGCAAAAAUAUGAUGUUAGAUUCCCUGUUCCUGGUAGUUAGAAUCAAACAGGAUCUUUUUUGGCUAUUGAUUGUGAAAUGGUUGAAUGUGAAAAUGAGAUUGGAGCUAGUGUAUAAAUGCUUGCUAGGAUUACAGUUGUUAAUUAUAAUGGUUAUGUUGUUUUGGAUCAAUAUUAUAAACCAAGAUUUAAGGUGAUAAAUUAUAUUACACGAAUUUCUGGGAUAACUCCAUAAAUAAUUAAAGAUAAACCAGUUUAUAAUGACUUUGAAAAAUAAAAGCUUUAACUUUUAUUCAAAGGUAAAUAUAAGCAAUUAUUUUAUAGAUAAGACCAUAAUUGGACAUACUUUGAAAAGUGAUUUUGAUGCUAUGGAAUUUAAUCUAGAGGAUUACUAAACCAGAGAUCUUAUGAAAGUGGACUUUUUAAAAUUAGAAGAAGGAUCAAGUAAUAUUAUUAAUAAUAUGAGGGUUUAAAAAAGAUGUGUUUGAAGUAUUUGGGUCAAAAUAUUCAAUAAGGAUAACAUAGUUCUGAAAUUGAUGCAAGAGCUGCCUUAUUUAUAUUCAGAAAAUUUAGAAAUGAAAUCAAUUUGUAUUAUAAGUAAUUAGAUUGGGAGAAGGAUAAAUAAAAAAAAUAGAAUUCAAAAAAUUCAUAAAAGAAUUCAAAAAAUUUACAAAAAAGAUCAUAAAAGUAGAUAUAAAGUAAAAAGGUUGAAAACAAAAGAUAAUAAAGUGAGAAACCUUUGGUAGAAAAUGAUAAAAAAAAGCAAAUUUAAAUUUUAAAGAAAUAAAUAUCAAAAAAGAAAAGUUCAUGA